GAAGGGGCAUGGCAAUCAUUUCGUGAUGGGGACAUAAUAAGACCAGUUUUUCUGACAGGCUUAGUUAAGUUAAAUUUUUUAUCUCCUCUUUUGUCAAGAUUGUAUUUUUGAAUAUAUGUAUUGUCCUAUGCUUAUUUGUGUUUUGAGUAAACAGAAACCUGUGUUUUUCAACCAUGCAGUUCUCAUUUGGAUAAGCUGUGAGUGUGACACACGAGUAGGCCUAUCUACAACCUUAUUUACAAUCACAACUUGAACCAGUGCACAAUAUAGGCUAUCCCACAAUUCCCAUAGCCUCAACACUGACUUUUAGUGUCAGCAUUUACACAUAGGCUAUAGCCUGCAAUUUUGGCUGAUGAAAUAGAUGAAAAUUGAUCUAAGGGAGCUCUUGCUUAAUUUAUUUUUUAUUAUAAUUAAGGGUGUGUGGUGGACCAUGUUUUAGCGUAUCUCCGUGUCAACAAAACAGACCCCUUAUGAUCAUAAAUGUCUCCCUCUAGUGGAGGAGUCGCUUAAGUAGACAGAGGAGUGGCCGCUUGGUUUGUGCCCUUUUUAAGUCAAUGCCUGUCAUCUGUCCGGAAUGCGCUCCUCACACACUGCCUCUCGGCUCGGCUAUAGCAGUCUUAUCUUCUGCCUUAACAUUCCUCCAGACCGCGCACAUUAGAGCUCGCAUCGACAGCAUCGCUUGAAAACUUCAGAAUGGCAGGCUCCUUAAACUACACAACAUCUGCACUGCCAUCCAGUAUUCCCUCAGUCGCUGGAGAUUCAAACGCCACAGUAUGCCAGGACUGGGAGCAGUCUCAUCACCUCCUGUUCCACCUGGCCAACCUGAGCCUUGGUCUAGGUUUCCUCAUCCCCACCACAAUAGCGCUUCAUAUGAUCUUUCUCAGACUGCUGCUGAUGACAGGGUGCUCUUUGUUUAUAGCAUGGGCCACAUUAUAUAGAUGCACAUUGGAUGUGAUGGUGUGGAAUGUGGUUUUCCUUCUGGUGAACUUCAUGCAUUUCUUCUUCCUGCUUUAUAAACGCAGACCGAUUAAGAUUGACAGGGAGCUAAAAUCAUUGUACAAGCGCAUGUUCGAGCCCCUGCAUGUACGUGAAGCCCUGUUUCAGAGGCUCACCGGCCAGUUCUGCACCAUUCAAACCUUAAAGAAGGGCCAGGUCUAUGCAGCAGAAGAUAAGACCUCUGUUGAUGAGCGCCUCAGCAUUCUUCUCAAAGGAAAGAUGAAGGUAUCGUACCGUGGCCAUUUCUUGCAUAAUAUUUACACCAAUGCUUUCAUCGACUCUCCAGAAUUCAGAUCGACUCAGAUGAACAGGGGUGAGAGGUUUCAGGUGACAAUCACCGCUGAAGAAAACUGCAAGCUCCUGUGCUGGUCUAGAGAGCGUCUGACUUACUUCCUGGAGUCCGAGUCUUUUCUGAGCGAGGUGUUCAGGUACCUCAUUGGCAAAGACAUCACCAACAAGCUUUACUCUCUCAAUGAUCCAACCCUGAGUGACAAGGCUGUAAAGAAAAUGGACCGUCAGCCAAGUCUAUGUUCUCAGCUGUCUAUGAUGCAGAUGAGGAACAGCAUGGCUAGCACCAGUGACACAGACGAUGUGCUCAACCAGAUCCUGAGAGGCGGGUCAACUGGGUCCUCACUCCAGAAAAAUCCUCUGACAAAAGCAUCCACAACUAUGAAACCAAUUGAAGAAGGAAUGGAAGACGACGUUUUUGAAACUGAAUCCCCCACUACCUCCCAGAACAUUUCCAGGACCCCCAGAGAAGACAUGUAAAAUGGUUUUUAUCACCUCAUGGUCUUCAGACUUCUGUGUUUCACUUCAUGUUCUAUAAAAAAGAAUGUAAAAAAAAAAUAAUAAUAAUAAUUGAGGAAAAGAAUUCUGACUCCCCCUCAGAUUACACUGUUUGGAGCAGAGAUAUGAGAGGUGAUUUAGUGUUACAGAUUUAACUUUUAAAUUAAUUUGGAAACCUCAUAUAGUAGUUUAUUUUUUGUUUAGUAGAAUCUGUAUAAAGAAAGGAUUUUAACUAUAUGCAUUUGAAAACAUUUCAUUUUAUUAUUAUUAUUAUUAUUCUUUAAUUUUUUUUUUUUUUUUUUUUGGUUAACUGUGCUAAUCAUUUGUAAAAGAAACUGAUUACUUCUUAAAGGGUUAGUUCACCCAACAAUUAUGUCAUUUAAUGACUUACCCUCAUGUUGUUCCAAACCUGUAAGACCUCCGUUCAUCUU